AUGGCUAAUAAAUCUGUCCUCCGGUUUCCGCAAGACGCGGCGCCUCUGGCGGCGAUCGGAGCGGCGGCUAUUGCUAAGAUCGAGAUCGAUGCCGCCGUCGACGCGAGCCUGUCUGGAAGCACCCCGCCCGUGCUGUACCUCCCCUCGGGCGAAGAGCUACGGGGGGCCGGCACCAUCCUCCGCUAUUUCGGCCGCGUCGCGCAGCGGGAGGGCUUCUACGGCGGCUCAGAUCCAAUCGCCGCGUGCCAGGUGGACGAGGUGGUCGAUUAUGCACCAACUCUGGGCAUCGGCUCCGAGUUUGAGCGUGUGUGCGCGUACCUCAACAGCUACCUCGCCGCGCGCACCUUCUUUGUCUCCUAUGACCUCUCCAUCGCUGAUGUCGCCAUCUAUGCUGGCCUCUUUGCCACAGGGCAGCGGUGGGACAGCAUACGCCGGUCGCCCACAGCCAAGUACCCGAACCUCAUCCGCUGGUUCAACACCGUCUCCGCCGAAGCUCCCGACCUCGCCCCGAGCCUGCUGCCCUUCAGCAGGAAGGCCGCCCAAGCCUUAGCCUCGGCAGCCAAGAAGGGGCCAGGCACGGGCGAGGAAGCAGGCAAGGGCGGCGGCAAGGGGAAGGAGGAGAAGGGAGAUGGCGGUGGGGGGGCGGCAGGGGGGGCAGGCGGAAGCACAGGGGGAGGGGGAGGGGGGGGAGACCAGCCAGCGGAGCUGGAGCUUCCAGGGGCGGUUUACGGGCAGGUGGUAACCCGGUUUCCGCCUGAGCCCAGCGGGUUUAUGCACAUCGGGCACGCGAAGGCGGCGCUGAUGAACCAGUUCUUUGCGGAGAAGUACGGCGGGAAGAUGCUGGUGCGGUUUGACGACACGAACCCGAGCAAGGAGAAGGACGAAUUCGUGGAGAGCAUUCUGGCGGACAUGGCCAGGUUGGGCCUCACGUGGGACACGAUCACCCACACGUCUGAUUACUUCGAUGGGCUCAUUGCCAUGUGUGAGAAGCUGAUUCGCGAGGGCAAGGCGUACGUGGACAGCACGCCCAAGGAGCAGAUGAGGGAGGAGCGCAUGGUGGGCACCGAGUCGGCGUGCCGGGGGCACAGCAUAGAGCGCAACCUGGAGCUGUGGGCGGAGAUGCUGAAAGGCAGCGAUGUGGGCAAGGAGUGCUGCGUCCGUGCCAAGUGGGACAUGCAGGCAGCGAACAAGACCCUGCGCGACCCUGUGUACUUCAGAGUGGAUGCAUCCGGCCUGCCCCAUCUGCGCACGGGCACCAAGUACAAGGCGUACCCCACGUACGACUUUGCGUGCCCAUACGUGGACAGCAUAGAGGGCGUCACCCACGCGCUGCGCUCCUCCGAGUACCACGACCGCAACGAGCAGUACUACCGCGUGCUGGAGGUGUGUGGAGGGGUGGGGAGGGAUGGGGAGGGAUGGGAGAGGAGUGUGGCGGUAGUGAGGUACGACUGCAACGAGCAGUACGACCGCGUGCAGGAGGACAUGGGGCUGCGGCGAGUGGAGGACAUGGGGUUGCGGCGAGUGGAGGUGUGGGACUUCUCGCGUCUCAACUUCGUGUACACGCUGCUGUCCAAGCGCAAGCUCGCGUGGUUCGUGGACAACGGCCGUGUCACCGGAGUGGGCUUCAAGGGUAAGGUGGACGGGGGGUGGGACGACCCGCGCUUCCCCACCGUGCAGGGCAUGCUCACACGCGGGCUCACCGUGCCUGUAUUGAAACAGUUCAUUCUCGCUCAGGUUGCAUCCAAGAACCUGACCCUGACGGAGAUGGACAAGUUGUGGACGAUCAACAAGGAGUGGCACAUCCAACCUGAACCUGAUGGAGAUGGACAAGCUGUGGACGAUGUGCGAUGGCGUGAUGGAUCCUUGUCACUUUCUCACUUCGUUCCUCGCUGCCUCUCACCCUUCCAGGGAGCGUCCAAGAACCUGAACCUAAUGGAGAUGGACAAGCUAUGGACGAUCAACAAGAAACUGAUCGACCCUGUGUGUCCGCGCCACACCGCCAUCCUCCUCGCCGCCCGCGUGCCGCUCACCCUCACCAACGGGCCCGAAGCCCCCUUUGUGCGCGUGCUGCCGCGGCACAAGAAGCACCCCCCUGCGGGCAUGAAGGCGACGGUGUUCUCCCGGCGCGUGUGGCUGGAGGGGGCAGACGCACGCGUGAUCAAAGAGGGUGAGGAGGUGACUCUCAUGGACUGGGGGAAUGCCAUUGUGCAGCGCAAGACCAUGCGGGAGGGGGGGGAGGGGGAAGGGGGAGCGAAGGAGGGGGGAGGGGAGGGCGAGGGGGAGGUGGAGGCGAUGGAGGGGGUGCUGCAUCUGGAGGGGUCGGUGAAGACGACAAAGCUGAAGCUGACGUGGCUGGCAGACAGCGAUGAGCUCGUGCCUCUCACCCUCGUGGAGCUGGACUACCUCAUCACCAAGAAGAAGUUGGAUGAGGGCGAUGACUUCCUGGCGGCACUCAACCCGCGCACGCGGUGGGAGGAGGCGGCGGUGGGAGACGCCAACAUGCGCAACCUGCAGCGGGGGGACAUCAUACAGCUGGAGCGCAAGGGCUACUACAUCUGUGACCAGCCGCUCGUGAGGCCGCACAAGCCCAUGGUUCUCAUCGCCAUUCCCGAUGGCAGGCAGAGACCCCCUCCUGGUGCAGCUGCUGCUGCUGCUGCCAAGUAG